GGAACCGAAUGUAACGUUUCCUGGUUUUAUAUCAUCCAUGAACAUUUCUGGCAACAGUCUGCGUUGAUACCGCGCCACCAAAGUGGGCGCCGCAUGAAUAAAGCAUGAUCUCCUCUGCGGCCGGCGGCGAGCGGACGCCGGAGGUUUGAGCCACUGCGGCUGCUGUAGCUGCGGGAGGAGGAGGAGAGCGGAGACCGCUCCUGACGUGGACGAUUUCCGUGAAGAGACGAUGGAGCUGUAGCGGCGCGGAGCUCGAUCUGUCGCGCAUUGAGCUGGAAACCGAGCCGGGAUUUCGCCCCGAACGCAGCCUGAUCCGGGUCCAGGGGAGUUGUCAGGCACGCGUCCCCGACAGCCUGAUCGCUUUGUGUGUCCUCCCCCCCAGCCACAAUCAUGAUAAAAGCCAUUUUAAUAUUCAACAACCACGGGAAACCACGGCUGUCCAAAUUCUACGAGCAUUACACGGAGGACACGGAGCAGCAGAUCAUCAGAGAAACCUUCCACUUGGUCUCGAAGCGGGACGAGAACGUCUGUAACUUCCUCGAAGGCGGAAUGUUGAUUGGAGGAUCAGACUACAAGCUGAUCUACAGACAUUACGCCACGCUCUACUUUGUGUUCUGUGUGGAUUCCUCGGAGAGCGAACUAGGAAUUUUAGACCUAAUCCAGGUGUUUGUGGAAACGCUGGACAAAUGCUUCGAGAACGUCUGUGAGCUUGACUUAAUUUUUCAUGUAGACAAGGUCCACAACAUCCUGGCAGAGAUGGUGAUGGGCGGCAUGGUCCUGGAGACCAACAUGAAUGAGAUCAUCACGCAGGUGGACGCUCAGAACAAGAUGGAGAAGUCUGAGGCCGGUAUUGCAGGAGCUCCUGCUCGUGCUGUAUCAGCUGUAAAGAACAUGAAUCUCCCGGAAAUGCCCAGAAACAUCAACAUUGGUGACAUCAGCAUAAAAGUGCCAAAUUUACCUUCCUUCAAAUAGUGGCAGCGAGAUCCUGAGCCUGCAGAUGUUAGCCAGUGUUUACCGUGAUGCAAUCUGUUUACCAAAACCUCAAAUUACUAUCUUUUAUGAAAAUGGUACAUCCUAAAGGUACUGUGUGAUUUGACACUCCUUGUUCUGGUGUUACACUAUGUCUUUGAGUUUGCUAAUAAAGAGAAAAAUAUUUUACUGUGUUUUGUUUCUGAAGAAGUAAUGAAGUAUUUAUCAGUGGUACAUUCCUUCUGCCUCGCUGGGGGUUGGUCUUUGACGUUCAGCUGCUACAGGACCGAUCUGUUUAAGUUUGAAGUAAUUCUGCUUAUUAAAAUGUUUACCUAAUGGGCAGCAUGGCAGACGUUUUAGGCCAAACAUAUUAGUUUGGUUAUACCAAGAUGGAGAAGACUAAAUGAAGUCCUUCUAAACACCAAAAUGUAAUGGUAUGCUACAGUAUUGAAAGUCGUACAUUUUAGCUUGUUUGUAAAAUCAAUAUAAACAAUAAAGAUUAUUUUGCAGAUAUGCUGUGUAAUGGAUGAAUGCUGAAAUGUUUGUUUGUAUGCAAAAUAUUUUUAAAUGAUUUGUCACUACAUGACAAACUGUCAUUUAAAUCUGUGCACGACUUUUGUUCCACUUCUUUUUCAACAUAAUAAAUUGCUGAAACUCAAGAA